UAGUGAAUGCGGGGGUCCGGGGAGAGCGGAUAUAUAUAUUUAAAUGCGGGGUCCGGGGAGAGCGGAUAUAGUGAAUGCGGGGUCCGGGGAGAGCGGGAUAUAGUGAAUGCGGGGUCCCGGGGGAGCGGAUAUAGUGAAUGCGGGGGUCCACAGAGCGGAUUAUAGUGAAUGCGGGGUCCGGGGAGAGCGGAUAACCUGAAUGCGGGGUCUCUUCAGACACUGAUAUACUGUGAAUGCUUUCACACUCUCGGGGAGAGGGAUAUAAUAUAUAUAGUGAAUGCGGGGUCCGGGGGAGAGCUCUUAAUAGUGAUCCAUGGGGGGUUUAUGGAGAGCCGAUACUAUCCAGUGAAUUUUUCGGGGUCC